AUGAUGGAACCGCCGUCUUGCUCGAAAAAGAGCUUGUCCCUCUCGCUGCCCGUUCCCCGGGAAGGGCACGCGACCCUGAGACCCCCGCAACACCUCUGGAGACAGCCACGGACCCCCAUCAAAAUUAAGCACCGCGGGUACUCGGACACGGACCGGCAUCACCACCCGCAGAUAGAGCGCUCCAAUGCGGUGGACACGACCGACCGGCCGGCGCUUCGGACCUCCCGUAUGACCUGGCCCGCUUCCUUUCACGGAACGACCGGCACGUCGGGCGGCAACAGCGCUGGAAACAAGCGUUUUGAUGUGGAGAAUGGCUCCUCGCCCGUGGCUCUGGAAUUGCAGGCGAGUCCAGGGCUGGUCCUGCACCCCUCCUUCCCCCAGAGCCAGCGCCGGGAGUCCUUCCUCUACCGCUCCGACUCCGACUACGACAUGUCCCCCAAAACCAUGUCCCGCAACUCGUCCAUCACCAGCGAGGCGCAUGCAGAGGAUUUCAUCGUCACCCCUUUUGCUCAGGUGUUGGCCAGUCUUCGGUCUGUUAGAAGUAACUUCACCAUCCUGGCCAAUGUCACCACCCCCACUAACAGGAGGUCCCCCUUGGGUAGUCAACCUACUGUUCCCAAGGCAACGCUGUCAGAGGAGACCUACCAGCAGCUAGCACGAGAGACCCUGGAGGAGCUGGAUUGGUGCUUGGACCAGCUGGAGACCAUCCAGACUCACCGCUCCGUCAGCGACAUGGCCUCUACCAAGUUCAAGAGAAUGUUGAACCGGGAGCUCUCUCACCUGUCUGAAAUGAGUCGGUCUGGAAAUCAGGUGUCAGAGUACAUCUCCAGUACCUUCUUAGAUAAGCAGAAUGAGGUGGAGAUCCCAUCGCCCACGCAGCGGGAGCGGGACAAGCCCAUGUGCCACAUCAGUGGAGUGAGGAAGCUCACACACAGCUCCAGCCUGUCCAACUCCACCCUGCCCCGCUUCGGAGUGCAGACCGAGCAGGAGGACGCACUGGGGAGGGAGCUGGAUGAUUUGAAUAAGUGGGGUUUGAAUAUCUUCCGUGUUGCAGAGUUCUCCAACAACCGACCCCUUAGCUGCAUCAUGUUUGCCAUCUUCCAGGAGAGAGAUCUGUUGAAGACAUUCCGAAUCCCAGUGGACACCUUCGUCACAUAUGUGAUGACCCUGGAGGACCACUACCACUCCAACGUGGCCUACCACAACAGUCUGCACGCUGCCGAUGUCACCCAGUCCACACACGUGCUCCUGUCCACGCCCGCCCUGGACGCUGUUUUCACAGAUCUGGAGAUCCUGGCAGCCCUGUUUGCUGCAGCCAUCCAUGACGUGGAUCAUCCCGGCGUCUCCAACCAGUUCCUCAUCAACACCAACUCCGAGCUGGCGCUGAUGUACAAUGAUGAGUCAGUACUGGAGAACCAUCACCUGGCCGUGGGCUUCAAACUGCUGCACGAGGAGAACUGCGACAUCUUCCAGAACCUGAGCAAGAGACAGCGCCAGAGCCUGCGGCGCAUGGUCAUAGACAUGGUGUUGGCUACAGACAUGUCUAAACACAUGAGUCUCCUGGCUGACCUAAAGACCAUGGUGGAGACCAAGAAGGUGACCAGUUCAGGAGUGCUUCUGCUGGACCACUACACCGACCGCAUACAGGUCCUGAGGAACAUGGUGCACUGUGCGGACCUCAGUAACCCCACCAAGCCACUGGGGGUGUACAGGCAGUGGACUGAGCGCAUCAUGCAGGAGUUCUUCCGCCAGGGAGACAAAGAGAGAGAGAGAGGCAUGGAGAUCAGCCCCAUGUGUGACAAACACACUGCGUCUGUGGAGAAGAGCCAGGUGGGCUUCAUUGACUACAUCGUGCACCCCCUGUGGGAGACGUGGGGGGACCUGGUGCACCCCGACGCCCAGGACAUCCUGGACACGCUGGAGGAGAACCGGGACUGGUACCAGAGCACCAUCCCCCAGAGCCCCUCCCCUCCCCCGCACGGCCCCGACCAGGAGCUGGGAGCCUGCGGUGACAGGUUCCAGUUUGAGCUGACCCUGGAGGACGAGGGGGAGGCCAACCACGCAGGAGAGGAGCAGGAGGAGGAGGGGGAGGCCAACCACAACCACAACCACGCCGGAGAGGAGCAGGAGGGGGAGGAGGGGGAGGCCAACCACAACCACAACCACGCCGGAGAGGAGCAGGAGGAGGAGGAGGGGGAGGCCAACCACAACCACAACCACGCCGGAGAGGAGCAGGAGGGGGAGGAGGAGGUGCAGGAGCAGGACGGGGAACACCAGGAGGACCAGGAGGCCGAGGAAGUGAAAGAGGAAGAAGCGGUAGAAGAAGAGGAGGAAUGUGUGAAGGACGAGGAGGAAGAGGCAGGGGAAGGAAAAAAGCAGGAGGAGGGAGAGGAGGAGUGCGACCAGCAGGUGGGAGAGAACGGACUCUCAGAUGAAGGGAUGGAGGAAGAGGACGAGACUGAUACAUGAGGAAGAACACACUCAGUACCCCCUAACCCUUUACACACACACACACACACAUACAUGCACACACACAUACGCACACAUGUACACACACACUCACACACACACACACACACACACACACAUACGCACACACGUACACACACACACACACACACACACACAUGCACACACACGUACACACACAUACACACACACACAUAUGCACACACGUACACACACACUCACACACACACAGACACACGCACACACACGCACACACCACUCCUCCUCCUGCACGCCCUGCCCCUCUCAACUGCCACACCCCUCAUCCACCUCCUACCACUGCCACUGACUGGGAAUAAUUGGUGUGUGUCUGGGUGUAGAGUGUUUGUCGGGGGGUGCUGAGUGUGUGUGGGGGGGUGCAUUGAGUGAGUGUGUCAGUGU